CUAAACAAAAAAAAAUUCAAUCCAAGGGAUCAAGAGCUAUUCCCACUAGGGGAUUUUUCGAACCAAAUCAAAAAUAGUGGUAAUUGUCAAAAUCUUGACGUUUGUUUCAGUCAGUCCUGCUGUCAAUUAUUAAAAACUUGUCGGUACAUGUUUUGGCGCAAUUUUUCUGUUAAUUGUGGAAGAUUCUAUUUUUCAUUGUAAAUACCCUAACCAGAAACAAUGUCAGACAGUGAAGAUGAUUUUGAUUCUACCGGCACCAAUGCCUUUUUUAAACCGUCUUUUGUACUAAUUGCAAUUGACACUGAUCCAGCAAUGUUCAUCAAAGGAGAAAAUGAUAACACACCUUUUAGAAAUUGCGUAAAUGCUUCCUAUGAACUUGCAAAUUCAUUAAUGUUUACCCAAAGCAAACGAAGUUGGAGUCCUUUUGGAGUGGUGCUAGCCCGUGAUGACGUUUCAGCGUCAUUUGUUAAUUUUGAUGAUAAUGUUCUGAACUCCAUCAAGUUUCUGAAAGAAAAAAAGGGUACAUCCGAUGAUGAUUUGAGGGACUUGUAUCAGAGAAAAGGUAGCGUUGAUUUGAGCGCGUUUUUUUUGUUUUGUAAAAAGAAAUUUAAAGAAGUGAAUGCCGUAUUUUAUAAAAGAAUAAUCAUUUAUGUUACUAAUGAUGAUAAUCCUACAAGAGGUGACAAAAAUCAAAGGUUUGCAGCCAUUAAUGAAGCUAAGAAUUUUGAAGCCAAUGGUAUUAGUUUUGAAAUGGUCACAAUGAACCCAAAUUUUGAUUAUAAACACUUUUAUAAUGAGUUGUUUUCUGUUAUGAAAGUUCCUUUGGUUGAAACCAUAGUGGAGGAUGAGGAUGGUCUGAUUGAGAAGUUGUCCUCCUCAAUUUUGACAAGAUUUUAUCAAAGAAAACUACAUUUUUUCCCGUUUCUUGGUGACAAUUCUAGAUUUCUCAAAGUUAAACAGAAAGUGUUCAUCAGAGAAGAAAAACUGUACAACAACGCCUAUGUUUCUACAGAUGGAAAAACUUUGAAGAAAAUUUCAAAGAACGUCGCAGAUGUAGUAAAGACAUAUCGUCUAAAAAAUGCUCCUGUCAAUCUUGAAUUUGAUAUGGAAGAGCAAAUGGAACUAUUGAAUAAUAAUUUGCCUGUUGGAUAUACUUUACUUUUUGUCUCAGAUCGAGUUACAGAAGUUGGUUCAAUUUUAAUAGACAAUGUGCUUCUUGAGGUUGAUCCUAAAGAAGAUUUGCCAUUUUUCAACAGUUUCUGGCAAUACUGUGCCGAUAAGAAUAAAGUUUUAAUCUGCGCAAGAAAAUUAAGGCAACUUGAUAAGACACGUUUUGUUGAGUUUAUUCCAAAGUUUGCUAAUAACGCUAGAAUAUUUUUAAUCAAAGCUAUACCAUUUAAUGAUGAGAAUAAACUCCCAUCGAGUAAGCUUGAGGCAGCUGAUGACACUACACAGUAUUCUCAAGAAAAAAUUAAAGUUACAGAUGAAUUAAUCAAAAAGCUGACAUUUGAUUAUGAUCCUAAGAUGUUCACGAAUCCUUGCAAUGCAAAAAAGAAAGCAUUCUUGAGGUCAAAGUUCCUUGAUGAACCUAAAGAAGACAUUGAGGAUGUCACUUUGGAUACUGAGGGUUUGGAUAAAACUCUAGGGCAAGUUGGAGAAGAUUUUAAAAAGCUGUUUCAUUUAGAAGAAGAGGAAAAGGGGAAGAAAAGAAAAACUGCUUCUGCUUCAGCAAGCUCUAAGAGGAAGAAGUAAAACAAUAGAUGUAAGGAGAAAAGUAUUUUCAAAUAAUUUGUUUUUUUUUUACCUAUUUUGAAAUAAAGUAGUAUGCAUUCAUAUUUUGAAAAAUA